CUCGUCCAGCUUCCGACUGCGCAUGUGCUGUCCCGCCCCCUCGCGCCAUCUUCCUCCGGGAAAUUCCAGAUGCUGUGCUGUGCCCACGCUGUUCUGCAGGCUCCGGAGUUGGACUCUGCGUUCUCGAACGCUGGUUUGAUUCUAGAGUCUGCUGCCUGUUUCCAAAGUCAAAGAUGAACAUGUCUCCAGUGUUUGUGUCAUUUGAGGAUGUGGCUGUGUUCUUCACCUGGGAGGAGUGGCAGGAGCUGAACAGUGUUCAGAGGACUCUGUACAGGGAAGUGAUGCUGGAGACCUAUAGCAACUUGAUGUGCUUGGGUUGCUGCAUUUCCAAACCAGAAAUCAUUUUCAAGUUGGAGCAAGGAUUAGAGCCAUGGGUUAUAGAAGAACCUAUAACCCAGAGCCUCCAAGUUAUCCGGAAAAUGGAUGACCUGAUUGAGACUCGUCGGGAAACUCAAGAUGUGAUUUACUGGGAAGUUGUAAUGACAAAUCGCAGCAUGUCUACCAAGGAGAAUGCAGAUUUAGGAGAUACAUUUAAUGUAAAACACAACCAUAUGUCAAAACUGAUCAUGAAGGAUGGAAAUUAUGCAGAAAUGGGUCCUGAAGAGUACAGUGCCUAUCAGGACAGUCUUUUUGGUGAGCCUGAUGAUAUGUGGGCUGAAGAGAAACAUGACGAGCCUCGGAAGCCUUUUCAACUCUACGAGUAUAAUCGGCAUCACAAUGUUCACUCUUUGCCACAGACUUUUGAGCAGGAUGGACAGAAGAAUGCUUUUGAUAGCGAGACAAUGUUCCUUACACACAAGUCAGACCUAUCAGUCCAUCAAAUGACACACACAGGUGAAAAUCCUUAUGCAUAUACUGAUUGUGAAAAAUCUUUCACUUGUAAACCAAACUUCACCAUCCGUCACAGCAUUCACCCAGGAGGGAAGUCCUAUUGGUGUAAUGAAUGUGGAAAAAGCUUUUGUCGAAAAUCAAACCUCCAUCGACAUCAGAGAACUCACACAGGGGAAAAAACCAAUGAAUGCAAUAUUUGUGAAAAAAGCUUUUACCAGAAAUCAGACCUUAUCAUACAUCAGAGAAUUCACACAGGGGAAAAGCCCUAUGAAUGCGGUGAAUGUGGAAAAACUUUCUGCCGUAAGUCCAGCCUCAGGACACACCAGAGACUGCACACAGGUGAGAAAUUAUAUGAAUGCGAAGAAUGUGGGAAGACUUUCUUCUACAAGUCAUCUCUGUCACAGCAUCAGAGAACUCUGUACGAAUGUAAGAAGUGUGGGAAAUCAUUCUACCACUGGUCUCUGUACUGUAAGCAUCAGCAGACUCACACAGGGGGCAAACCCUAUAAGUGUAAUGAAUGCGGAAAAACUUUCUGCAGGAAAGCAAACCUCAUGAUGCAUCAACAGACUCACACUGGAGAGAAACCCUAUGAAUGCAAUGAAUGUGGGAAAACAUUCUUCCGGAAAACAAGCCUCAGCAGACAUCAGCAAACUCAUACAGGGGAGAAACCCUUUGAAUGUAGUGACUGUGGAAAAUCCUUUUAUCUGAAAUCAAACCUACUAAUACAUCGCAGAAAUCACACAGAAGGAAAAGCUUAUCCAUGUAAUGAAUGUGGAAAAGCUUUUUAUCAAAAGUCGUAUCUGAUUAUACAUCAGAGAAGUCACACAGGAGAAAAACCUUAUGGGUGUAGUGAAUGUGGUAAAGCCUUUUCCCGGAAGUCAGAUCUUGUCAGGCAUGAGAAAAUUCAAACUGGUGGGAAAUCUUACGAGUGUAAUGAAUGUUCUAAAACCUUUUGCCAGAAGUCAAAUCUCAGGAUACAUCAAAGAAUUCACACAGGUGAGAAAAUAUAUGAAUGUAAAGAAUGUGGAAAAGCCUUUUGCAGGAAGUCACAUCUCAACAAGCAUCAGAAUAUUCACAAGAAUGGAGCAGGCAUUGUGGCGCAGGAGGUUAAGAUGCCAGGUGGAGUUCCUACUUCCCAUAUCAGUGAACUAGUUAAAGUCUCAGAUAGUCCACUUCUAAUUCCGCUUGCUACUAAUACACAUGAGAACACGACAGAUGAUGGUCCAAUUAGUUGGGUUCCUGCCCCCCAUGUGGAAGACCCAGAUGGAGUUCCAGGUUCUUGGAUGCAACCAGAUCCAGCCCUGGCUGUUGCAGGCAUUUGGGGAGUAAACCAGCCAAUGGAAGAUCUCUCUCUUUCUCUGUCUCUCCCUCUUUCUGUCUCCCUGCCUUUCAAAUAAACCUUUUUGAAAAAUCAAAAUGUAGAAGACAAACUAGGAAUACAUUGACUGUUGCCAAGUCUUUUCUCGGAAGACUCAGCAGAUGUCAGCUGUGCACAGAGGCAUGCUGAGUGAUAUGAACGUGGACAAAUUUUUUUUUUUUAAUUAGAAGAAAUGGAAGAGGAGUCAAAAGAGUGGCCUUAUAUCAUGGAAACUGGCUAUAUAUUCCUCAGUGUCUCCUCUCUUGGACAUAUAUCCUGCAUUUUCAGCCUUCCCUUAUUAUGAUUGAAACUAUGUAAAUGAUCUCUGCUGACACAGAUUAAUUUGGGGGAUAAUAAUAACAAUAACCAUACUAACAUGCACUUGAAAUGCCAUUUUCAUUCUUUGCGAAGUUAUGUUUUGGAGAUGCUGACUUAUGGCUGCAUGUCAUUUCUCCUGUUUCAUUUGUGUACGUCAGCUGUGUGAGCUCAAAUGUGGCACAUGGCUCCAACCCUGCAUGAUAAAUGUUUUGUUUAGGGAGUGAAUCUCUAGUGGCCUUUGUGGUCCAAGUAAUCACAGACUUAAUUGUAGAUGAGCCUGGAGCUGCUUGCACUAUUGGAGUCUAAAAGGCAGAGAGAAGCUAUGAGCUAAGUGUUAUGGCCUGGAGUGCAAACAGUUUUCAUGUGAUUGAUUUUUGUGUCAGCAUUUAUUUUUUUUCCUUUGUUUCUUACAUUCUGGAAGAAUUUCUUACGGUCUUCGUUAGCUGAGUACUGACCUGACUGCAUUUGUCUAACCUAUAUGACCUUGCUUUUUUUUUAAUUUCACUGAACUAUUGGCAGGUAUUUGCAUAUAAACACAAUAAUGUCACAUGUUAUAAUGGCUCUGUGUCUCUUAAUAUAUUUCUCCUUUAAUUUUCUCACUCUGUUCCUUAAAAUCUGUGAACUUUUACUCCAUGCCCACAAAGCUCUUUGUGGAUUCAGUUUGGGCUUGUGGUCAACUUAGAUCUCCAAAGAUAUACUCAGAAUGAGUGUUCAUUGCAAAUGAUGUAAUCAUUGCUCUGUAUUUUGGCAAAGAUAUAUACUGUGACUGGCUGCAACCAGCUGGCCCUGUCCUAUUCCAUCGUGAAAACAUUUCUAUAAACCACCCUGCCACCUCUACUGCUACCAACUGGAUGCAACCCCAUUGGUCAUGGUCAUGUUCCUUGGGCUUCUUUCACAUACUGAUUGCAAAUACCCUACCUGGAAUGGUAAGAAAAUUACAGA